AUGGAUGCUUUCGUGAAGCGGCUAUCAGAAGCAGAUGCUGAAGCUCGAGGUGCUGGACGCUCAGUUGGUGAUGCAUCGCCAGUCGUGGCGAGGCCUUCUAAGAGGCUGAAGAGAGACAAUGACACUGAUUCGGAGUCGGAAGAGCCAAGUGAGCUUCCUGUGGAAUAUGGGCCACGGGAAAUAGUCGCUGCAGAGACUUUAUCGGAUGAAACAGACCAGCGCCGCGGCAAGGAGCGAGUCACCGAGUUUGAGAAUGUUCUGCCGCCCACUGAGACCAAUCAAGAAGCCAUUGCAGAGUACGAGACUCUGCGGUCUUCCCAAAACAAUACCGGAGAAGGGAGUUCAAGUUCCAAUGGGAAGACUGCUCCGUUAUGGAUCAAGGGAAGAAGCUCGAUAUACGUCGAUGCAUUCAACCUCGCGCUAGAUACAGUCUUGGAAGAAGAAUCGUCCCUGUUCAGUAGCAAAGAGUGUGAGAUAUUCAACCAAUGGAGAAGUUUGAACUAUGAGGCACAGUAUUUAUACGUUCGGCUGUUUCUCCGGAAAACUGCGGCAUGGCAUCGGUCCUCUCGCUUGGGGUAUUUCAACGACAUCUCAGACCACGACAGCGCCAUUGCUACGCUUCAAGAGCGCCGAUUCCUGCCUGUGGAAGACGAAGAAGAGCCGUCUGUAGAGAACCAGCCGCCAUGUGGUGAACUGGAGGCCCUUGGGGAUGACAAUUCGUUUUCGUUUGCUGAUGCGUCUGAGGAGUAUCUUGAUACAAUUGAGGAAGCUGCAUCGCUACUGUACCUUGAUGAGCUCAAGUCUUUGGCUAAAGAAGCCAAGAUCCAAGGGAAGACCAAGAUGGACAUGAUCAAGGCCUUGUGCCGGAUGAGCCAGCAGCAAGCCGGGCUACUGUCCUUGGGCAUUAGUAGACAAAACAGCAGAGACUCGAGCGCCUCUGGAGGAACAGACCAUCCUACGCCAACAGGGCACAAAAUAAAAAGGGAGAAUUCCAAUCGGGAACGGCACUUUUUGGCCAAAAUCCUCGCCAUUGUCGGUCCGUGUAUUCGAAUAUCGCCCGCUACUUUCAAGCUGUUCGAGAGGGUUCACCUAGUCUUUUACAGAUCUACAGAGUGGACGGAGAAAUCACUGACGACAAUCAUUCUGGCCAAAAUUGCUAGGCGGAAUUUCCCCGAGUACCUCGUGUGUCGCUCUUCAACAAUAUUUGCGUCUCGAUCUCACUUACUAGAAUAUGAGGCGGCAAUACAUAUGGAAGCGGAAGUUGACAGUGUGCUUGAAUCUAAUGGACCAUUGGAUGAAAAGGGCUCUCAGAAAAUACUCGACAUAUUUGAAUGGGCAUACCCUCGCUGGAAGGUCUUGGUUGAAGAAGAAACUGAGAAAGAGCGUCGUAUCUACGAAAUGGGGGAGGGUGCCUAUCUCAGGAGAUUCAACCCUGCCCACUCAUAUACACGGAUUAUCGUGAAAGCUGCGUUUGUAUUUGGCAGACUGAAACGAUACGUCAAGGAGCAUGAAUUGUUGACUGAGCUUUUAGAUCAACGGCUCUUUCACCUAUCGCGAAGGGGCUCCUGGUAUCAACGCAAAGCUCUCCUAGAAGAACAUUAUAUGCCCAGCCUUGAUCCGGACCCCAUCACUCACGAGUUGGAACAGCAGAAGAAACGAUGGAGGGCCAUAGCGGUCUCAACUUGCGAGACAGGCCUUCAAGAUCCUGAUUGCCAUCUCAUACACCAUUAUGACUUGCAAAAGCGAUUGGUCAAAUUAGAGAAGAAGCUUCGCAUCCCCAAACGUCUUCAACACGAUUUCGGACAUGUACGGCUUGCUGACCCCUUGGAGCUAUCUGUUGAAGGAGUCCAACUGAAGCGAAAUCCGCCACCGAAGCCGGGAGGCCAGGCUCCAAGCACAAGAACCAUGUGGUUGGACGCAUCAGACUCUGGCGGUGUGUGCAGUGUGGAAGAGAUGUGCUUGAAUCACUUCCGGUCACAGGGGUGGAAGGGUUACCAUGCCGAGGGGGGCAUUAUCCGUACCCUGUUUGCUUAUUUGUUCUACGACAUCUUGUUUGUCUACAUUCCCAAUGUAUUCCAGACGGCCUUUCAAACUUGUCCGCUGGACUUGCACACGGACGCCUUCUUCCCUGCCCGGGCCUCGGAGAUCAACCAUCGACUGGUCGAAAUUGCCAACGGAGAGGGUGAACGGCUGCUUCGUGGAGUCUGGGAAAGGGAGCAUGAGCGACGAACCAGUGUGAUAGGUCUCAAUUGGGAUUUCGAGGUGGAGGAUUUGACAGAACUAGUACGCUGCUUUCAAGGAAGCGCUUUAGCCGCUCUAUGCAAGGUGAUGGCUCAGGAAUAUAGACAGAGAGGUGGAGGCAUCCCGGACCUUGUUCUCUGGCGGACGGCGCAAAGCGAUGGAGCAGACGCCCCAGACAAGGAGCCGGGAAAGGCAAGAGGAGAGGCCAUGUUUGUAGAAGUCAAGAGCGCAAACGACAGGCUGAGCGACACGCAGCGGCUAUGGAUCCACGUCCUCACUGGUGCCGGGGUCAAAGUCGCUCUUUGCAAUGCCGUCGCAAAGGAAAUCAGAGAAAUUGACUAG